GGCUCUUUAAGCCCUGGCACUGACACACAGAGCCAGCAUUCAUUGUCGGCCUGCGAGCGAGGGGGCUGGGGAGCGAGCGUCACUUUGGAAACUCGGGAACUCACGGAUUCUCGUGCUAAACCGGCGACCUCCUUUUCUCAUUCCCGAAGUCCGCGCUGUUGGAUUUCAACCGCGGGACGCACGCAGGAGAGAGAGAACGGGAAGUCAGGGAGGAAGUAAGACUGGGUGAGUUCGGCACGGACCGCUGCCCAUUAGCAGGUAAACUGGGGUCCAAGGUGCGCACUGGGCCGCCUAUGAUACCAACAACACGGAUGGAAAGAACUUUAAUGUGGAACCCUCAUAGAGUUUUGCAACGGAGGCUCAGAGUAGAGACAGACUGGCAGUUUAUAUUAUAACUUCAGCGGAGGCGAAAGAGACAGAACACGGAGCUGCCACUCGGUGCGUCAUUCUGAGCUAAAUACGCAGGAGCAGGAGCCCGACAGGUAGAGCUGAGCUUUUUAGGAACAGGUUAGGGCCAGGUCCAGAGGAGUGUGUGUGUGUGCAGGGUGUGUGUGUGUUUCUAAGAGAGACAGAGAGAGAGACAGAGAGAGAGAGAGAAGAUGGCCAGAGAGGAACAGAGCUUCUCAGAGGUGGAGCUCAGUCCCGGCAUGUCGGAUGACAGUCGCUCCCUGUCCCCGGGCCAUUCCUCCGGCGCGGCGGGAGGACUCGACUCGCCCAUCCGCGGCCAGCGGUCGCAGCUGGCGGCUCUGGACGACGCCUCGGCCGGCUGCUCGUCCGUCAAGUCCGAGGACGAGGAGGAGCGCUUCCCCGCCGGGAUCCGCGAGGCGGUGAGCCAGGUGCUCAACUGCUACGACUGGACCAUCGUGCCGAUGCCCGUGCGCGCGAGCGCCGGAAGCAAGAGCAAGUCGCACGUGAAGAGGCCGAUGAACGCCUUCAUGGUUUGGGCGCAGGCCGCGAGGAGGAAACUGGCCGACCAGCAUCCCCACCUGCACAACGCGGAGCUCAGCAAGACCCUGGGGAAACUGUGGAGGCUUCUCAAUGAGAGCGACAAGCGACCCUUCAUCGAGGAGGCAGAGAGGCUGAGGAAGCAGCACAAGAAGGAUUACCCGGACUACAAAUACCAGCCGCGACGCCGCAAAAACGGAAAGCCGGGCUCCGGCUCAGGAAGUGAGGCCGACAGCCAUUUGGAGGGUGAGGUCAGCCACAGCCAGUCCCACUACGAGGGCCUCCACCUGGAAAUGGCCCACGGCGGGGGAGCCGAGUCCCCUCUGGCUGAAGGGCACCACCCUCAUGCUGAAGGUCAGAGCCACAGUCCUCCCACGCCUCCCACCACUCCCAAGACCGAACUUAAGAGGGAGGGAGCUGGGCACGGUGGCACCCGAGGCACAAACGGAGCAGAAAGUGCUCCAGGAUCUGGCAAACCUCACAUCGACUUUGGUAAUGUGGACAUUGGUGAAAUAAGCCACGAGGUGAUGGCCAACAUGGAGCCAUUUGAUGUCAAUGAGUUUGACCAGUACCUUCCCCCUAAUGGUCAUCCAGGGGUUGGGCAGAUUGGCGCGGCGGGAGGUGCUGCGGCAGCUUCUCCGGCCUCCCCGUAUGCCUACGGCAUCUCCACAGCUUUGGCUGCAGCCAGUGGACACUCGGCAGCCUGGCUCUCCAAGCAGCAGCAGCAGCAUCAGCAUCAGCAGCAACAUCACGGCUCCCCGCUGGGCUCAGAUCCAGCCAAGGCGCAGAUCAAGAGUGAGGCAGGAGGUUCUGGGGCUCACUUUGCUGAAGCAGCCCCCGCAGGUGCUCACGUCACCUACACAACGCUCAGCCUUCCCCACUAUAGCUCCGCCUUCCCCUCGUUGGCCUCCAGGGCUCAGUUCGCAGAGUAUGCCGACCACCAGCCCUCGGGCACGUACUACGGCCACUCCGGCCAGGCAUCGGGGUUGUACUCUGCCUUCUCCUACAUGGGGCCCUCCCAGAGGCCUCUCUACACGGCCAUCACUGACCCGGCCACUGUGUCGCAGUCUCACAGCCCCACGCACUGGGACCAGCCCGUCUACACGACAUUGUCGCGGCCAUGACAGAUAGCAAGAGCAGCAAGCGCCGGUGCAGGUUUAGCCCCAGUGUCAGACCAAAGCAGGAGAGGCGGCGGCGGCGGCAGCUCUGUCUGUUACG